UAAACCUUAACCCGGCAGUGACGACUUUACAAACAACAAUGGCGGCGCCCGUGGUAGUUCAACGCAACCAGAAAUUGAGCCAUAAGCAAUUUAGAGCUGCCCUGAAGAAAGAGAGAAGGAAAAAAAAGCGUCAAGCAUUUGCUAAACUACGAGAUGCAGAGUUACCUGAAGAAGAGGGAGAGGAGGACACUUUGCAAGAUGAUGAACUUGAGGAAGAGAGAAGGGCUGAAGAGGAAAGGCAACGCUUACACCUUGAAUGGAUUGAAAAGGAAAAGAUUGCGCAAGAGGAGUUCCGACUGAGAAGAGAAAAGGAGGAAGCAGCCAGAUUGAAAAGAGAGGAAGAGGAGUGGAGAAUUAAAGAAGAAUGGGAAGAGCAGCAAAAAAAAGAACAACAUGAAAAAGAGAUGAAACAGCAGGAGAAGAGAGACAGAGAGGAAGCUGUGCAGAAAAUGCUGGAUCAAGCUGAGAGCCAGCUGGAAAACAGUGGUACAUGGCAUAACCCAGAGGCUCCAGUGGAUUACGGAACAGAGAAAGAUAGGGCUAACUGUCCAUUCUAUCUGAAAACAGGUGCAUGCAGAUUUGGAGACAGGUGCUCUCGCAAACAUGCUCACCCAGCCUCAAGCCCAACACUCAUGAUCAGAGGCAUGUUUGUGUCCUUUGGGAUUGAGCAGAGUAGGAGAGAUGACUAUGACACAGACGCCAGCCUGGAGUACAGUGAGGAGGAGGUUCACCAGCAGUUUCUGGACUUCUAUGAAGAUGUGCUUCCUGAGUUUAAAAGUGUGGGCAAGGUCCUUCAGUUCAAGGUUAGCUGUAAUUUUGAGCCUCAUCUGAGAGGAAAUGUGUAUAUCCAAUUUCAAACGGAUGAUGAGUGCAGGGAAGCCUUUAUGCGCUUUAAUGGUCGCUACUACGCAGGAAGGCAGCUUCAGUGCGAGUUCUGUCCAGUAACGAGGUGGAAGACAGCAAUAUGUGGUCUUUUCGACAGGCAGAAGUGUCCCAGAGGCAAACACUGCAACUUCCUACACGUUUAUAGAAACCCUGACAACCAGUUCUGGGAGGCAGACCGGGACUUUCACAUGUCCCCUGACAGAAGCAGCCAGUAUUCCGGAGGGUUCUCUGAACGCUACUCUGAGCGGAGGGGCAGAUCAUUUCAGCACAGUGAUUACAAGUCCAGGAGGCAACACAGCUGCAGCCCAGAGAGUUCCCGCAGGAGGAAUGGGGAAUCGAACAGGAGGGGUGGGAACAGGAGUCGGAGCAGAGAGAGGCUGAGAUCUCAAAGGUCCAGAAGCCGUAGCAAGGAGAGAGGGAGGUCAAGAGCCGAACGGUCAAGGAGCAAAGAGCGGAGGAGAUCAAACAGCAGGGAGAGGUUCUCGACCAAGAGAGAGAGAAGAUCUAGGAACAGGAGCAGAAGAAGAUCCAAAAGCAGAGAUAAGAAAAGGUCUAAGUCACCCAGAGAGUCUAGAAAGAGGAACAGGUCAAGAUCAAAGAGCCACAAUGGUGGUGGUGGUGAUGGUGAUGGAAGGUCUUGCAGCAAAGGCAGGUCUCCAAGCCAAAUUGAGAUAAGAAAGGCAAGGAGCAGGAGCAGGAGCUCAGAACGGAUUGACUGCAAGAGCCCCCGGCACAAGCACAGCAAGAAGAAGAAACAAAAGAAAGACAAAAAGAAGAACCAGUCACCAGACAAAAAGCAAUCCCCCGAUUCCUUAAAGAAACACUCAGAAGAUGAUAAAAACUCUCCUCCUAGUCCUGUUGAGAAAGACUGUCUGAUAGAAGAUGUAACACAGCAAGACAUCCCCUCAGUUGGCAAAAAUAGUGGGACAGUCUUGGAAUCUGAUCAUGCGCUUGAAAGCCCGGAGAACCAACGGGAAGAAGAUAAUGUUCAUCAGUGUAAAACCUGAGGGAAAACAUAUUUUCCAAGGGUAGUUUGUUUGUAGUAGUAUUCCACAGUCAUGUGCAGUUGUAAGCCCCUUGUGUGUGAAGAAGAAACAUUACAGUGCACAAAUAGUACUGUAUAUACUUUUUUUUUUUGUGAUACAUAAAUUGUUUUUUUGUUUUGUUUGUUUGUUUUUUUUAUUUAUUAUGGUCUAUUUACAUUAUUUCAUAUUUUAGCCACUUACCAGAAUGCAGAUUGUGUAUAAGAUUGAUAAAUGUAUGUGAGAAAGGUUUGAUUUCGCAAAUGCACCUGUUACUUUAGGAAUGGUAGUUCAAGAUUAGUGCUAAUCAGAGGUCUGUGAAACCAGUCAAUUUAAGUUAUGGAAGAGCUGUCUUGUGUACACAGGAAAGUAAUAGAGAUUUUAUAAUUAGAAAAACUUCUGUACCUGAAGAAUAUAGUAAAACUUCUGCCCAAUAGGAGGAACCUUUGUCUAGAACUCCCACCUUAUUAAACAGUUGUUGUUGCAGUAUCACUAGCCUCAUUGCAACAAACACAUCUUAAAUCUUUUGAUGUCCAUUUUAUUGAAAUUAUAUUUUUUUGAAUUACAACCCAUUCCUGUGCUCCCAACAAAACAAAGGGUGUACUUAUCCUUAGAGAUAGAAAACUACAGUUACCUAUUGAAGGGUCUGGUGGUGAUGACUGGUUUAUCAGGGGUUCUGAUACUAUGUUGGGUUUUCUACACAGUAAGUAACCCCAAUUUGUAAAAGUCUAUCUCAGACUCUGCAACACUCUGUUGAUCCCAGGCUCUUUAUAAAUUAUUUAAAUGUAGUAGAUGUGUGGCACCUGAGAAGCAACCAUGUAAGUGUUGAAAACCGACAUCCCUCCGAUUGUUCUGUCGGACCGUUCCCCAGGGCUCGAUUUCCAUUACAUGACAGUAGAUGUUAAAACUUGCUGAUUUGAACUCUACUCUAGCCAAGAUAAGCACUA